CGGAACGGUCUACUUUACUGGAGGACAGUGACGGAGGAGGGUGGAGUACACCUCUAUGUGUCUUCUCGGACGAAACAACCCAAGUCAUAGCACUAAACCGUCCUGGAAAACGUAGUACUCUCCGAAAUUUUCCUGCCUCGACAAAUAAAUGCUCAGCAUAGGGAUCAGAGAAAUAAAACACGCGAAAAACAAGGAUCAUUUUGCAAACGGAAACAAAAGCGCAUUGGCCAUACAGAGCACGGAGCUUCUCAAUGCAUACCCUCUGUGCCCGAGGAACGAUGAAACCAGAGAUAAGCGCCGCCGUCGGGUUUCUGUCGAGAUUCCUGCGGAUUAAAGGACAUAUGAACGACAGACAGCUCCAGACGUUCAACCAGACUCUACAGGACAUCCUGGCAGAGCAAUACAAGCACCACUGGUUCCCAGACCGUCCCAACAAAGGUUCUGGUUAUCGAUGCAUACGCAUCAACCACAAGAUGGACCCUCUGGUAGGACAGGCCGGCCAGCGCAUUGGCCUGAGCAUCCAGCAACUCUACCUGCUGCUUCCCAGUGAGCUGACAUUGUGGGUCGACCCAUUUGAAGUGUCCUACCGCAUCGGAGAGGACGGCUCGAUUUGUGUGCUCUAUGAGUCACACCCCAGCACCAACGGAAACCCCAGCAUCACCACUGGAAACAGCAACCCUGCCUCUUCUGUCACCCAGGUAUCCCCAAUGGUGGACAGUCACAUCAGCUGCAAGGAGGAACUACUGGUUAUGGGCCGCACCAGCUCCACUAAACCCUACCUGAUGACUGUGUCCAGCUAAAUUGGUCACAGAAGUCAUUUUUAAAAAAUAAAAAAGAGAAAGGAGAAGGAGGAGAAGAAAAAAAACAGGAUGUGUCCUAUCAUCCAGGUGAUGGAAACCUCGUAGGUUUAAUUUUCACUCGUUUGGUUGUCUGUUCUGUUAUUGUGUUGGAUCUACCAGAGGCUUGACCCUGGGGCAGCUAAUGAAGACCUGAAACAUCGCCCGGCCCCCCAGCUCACAGAGACUUGCUCACUCCCAUGUUGGCGGUCCUGGGGGUGCUUUUUCCACCAUCUUCUGCCGAUGUUGACUUUGCACUUUUCUUUCACUGUUUAUGUUAUCGCACAAACGCAAACUCCCUCUAAAAUGUUAAGGAAUUAGUCACAGAAUCCUGUUUUAUCAUUUCACCGUUCACUGUCGAGCUGAAGCCCAGACACACCGGCAACUGUGCCAGCCUUGAGUAUCCGCUUACAAGCGUCCUUUUUUUUUUUUUUUUUUUUUUU